UGACACAAAACUCAAAAAGAAAAACCUGCCGUGCCACUUCAGAAUAAUGCAACGCAGACAUCAACUGUAAUUAUUCUUGAAUGACAUUGUCAGCCACCUCAAACUGAAGAAAUGGCCGCUGCUAGACCUCCGUCUUCAUGCUUCGUUCUGCAGAUUCUCCUUCUUGUUGUUAAUUUCAAUCUUUCACUUCCUUACGUACUGAAAAAAUGCUCUGUACGUUACGAGGAGAAUCCCUCCGCUGAUAUGGCUUUGGACUGUGCGAACAGGAAAAUUGAAAAUGUCCCCAAAGACAUCCCUAAAGAUGCUGUUUCACUGAACCUGAACAACAACUGGAUGCAGAAAAUUAAUGGAGGAGAUUUUUCUGGCAUGUCAAAGUUGAGAAUUCUGGAUUUAACGUCAAAUCAAAUUGCUCAAGUGGAUGAAGGGUCUUUUAUCGAUCUGAUGUUUCUACAAACUCUCUGCAUGGGAAAUAACAAACUUAAUGUCCUGAUGAGCAACAUGUUUCAGGGUCUGUCUAACCUUACUGUGCUUUUUCUCAACAACAAUGGUAUUCAGGUCAUUCAUGCAACAGCUUUCCAGUUCCUCACUAGCUUACAAACUCUAGAUUUAGGAAACAACAGGCUUCGACAGAUCACCGACAUUCAGCCCAUCCUACAGUUACCUCAAAUCACGAUGCUUGGACUUAAAUGCAACAGCUUUACUUCCUUUGAGACCAAAGACCUGCUGCUGAAUCAGUCGUCAAAUCUCCAAGAGUUGGAUAUUUCUGGUGAUUCCCUGACAAUUUUCAGCAUCUCUACACCUGUCUUUCCUUACCUCCAGAAAAUAGAGAUAUCUAUGUGUUUUUGUUACAAAGACCUGCAAUGGGAAAUCCCUGACAAACAGUUUCUGAGGAACAUAUCGUAUUUAUAUCUCGGGAGGUCUAUUCUUUCUUUCGAAGGGAUCACAAAAGUCCUGGAGAGUCUUGACUCUUUACACCAUCUAAGACUAGAAGCCCUGAAGAUGCAUGUUUACGAAGGACUGCUAUUUACAAUUUGUAAAAUACCAACACUGAGGAAGCUGGAUUUGUUUAACAGUCAUAUCAAGAAUUUGCCUGUUAAACUUGCACUCUGUUCUCAACUCACAGCGCUUGACGUGAGAAAAAGUGAUGUAGACGAACUGCCUCAAGGGUCACUGGGUCAAUGAAGCAUCUCCGAUCGCUAAA